UAUUGUAAACAAAGGUCCUUCAGAAAGACUCCCUGGUAACUUCGGAAGCGCUGCUGUCUCACGGAAAUGGGCCGGCAGGAGCCUCCGUCCUCCUCGCUUACCUCUUCCCUCUGGCUCCUGUAUCCAUGCAGCUCUGGAAUAUUAACCAGUCAGCCUGAUUUAUUACGCCUGCUCCGUGACACACGGGCUUAAUUAAACUGGUUGAUUACAACAUUCUGUACAAGAAGAGACAAACUACCCAGUAGGAAGAGUGACUGACAGUGAUGUUCUGGCCUUUUGUGAUCUACAGCUCAGACACUUCAUAAAGGCACAUGAAUUAAAACUGAUGUGGAGAACUUUAACACUUGUUUAGCUGCAUCAGGAACUUAUAUUUGCAUCUACCAGAUUAAACGAAAAAAGGACCGGCACAUUCCGGCUGCCUCCUGCUGCUGACUAGCAAACGUUGAGCACUGGGAGCAGAUUUGAGUGACAUCCUGCCACCGUAUUGUUUGUUUACUGUAUCUGUGUGUCUUUUCCUGAGCCGCCUGCAUGUUUGUGUUUGGGUUUGUGGACCACUCUCUCGAAGCCACAACAGCAGACCCAUUGUUUAAGGUGGUAGUUCCAGGGACUGGGAAAUGCUGACGCCGGGAAAAAGAGUGGCAGCACUCCACCUAGGAAGCAGCGGAGGGGGAAAAUGGCCAUUAUAUUUAAAUUUUAGUUUGGUUUUAGAAGUCCUCGAGCAAACUACGGUCUCCACGUCUGGCCUGGGCCGUCGCUGUUGAUUGACAGCAAGCUGCGUCGACCGGUGGAGUGUUUUGCUGCUCCUGAUUUUCAGACAAUGAGAACAGCAAGUUUCAGGCUGCUGUAUCCGUGACUAAUAACUUCAUGCUGGCAUACUGCAAAAGGACAAUAAGAGAUACUUAAUCCACCUGUUAUCAGGAUGAGCCUCCUGUCACACACACAACCACAGGAAUGCAGUCUUACCCACCCUUUCACUGGACCAGCAGCUAAACUGAAAAAGCUGAUGGCUUUUUAUCAUUCGAAACCAGAAAAACAUUUAUACAAUUGUUGCUGUAAAACAGACAGAGAAAUGUAUAAAACAACAAAGUAUCUAAAGCUGUUAAAUGCUUUGUGUAGGUAUAAAAUACCAUUUGUGUUUAGGUGCGUGUGAAACGAAGCUAAAACACCACGUUUCUGUUCUCUGGUGGAUCUCUACAGAAGCUCCUGUGCCUUGUCCUUGUGUGACUGCAGCGGAGGGCUGUGUGCUUAAUCAGGCGGGCUGGUCAGAGCGUGUGUGACGGUGAUGGUUUGCAGCAACUUUGCAUCUCACAUCAAUUCAUGAUUGACUGAUGUCCCUUCCUGCUCCGCAUCCCAUUUACACUCUGAGGGGAGCUGGUGGUGCCCUCAACACCCUCCACUUUAGAUGCCAUGGAGAGGACCCCCACCUGCUGUUCUCUGGAUCUGGAAAAGGUUCCAUCCACAUCUGGAACCUGAACAGCAGGAGGGCAGAGAAGGUCGUGGAGGCUCAUUCUGGUAGUUCAGUCACCUGGGUCAGCACACUGCAGUCUACAGACACCCUCAUCAGCCAGGGACGGGACAUGCAGGUCUGUCUUUGGGAUCUGAACGAAGGCCGCAGUGAGCUGCUGGAGUCUGUGUGGACCGGCAGUGUUGGAUUCUGUCAGUGCUCCUUGCUGGAGACGAGCCCCACUAACUACCUGCUGGCUUUUGCAGGCCAACAGACAGAAGAGAUCAAGAUUAUUGAGCUGCCCAGUAAGAACCCAGUCUGCACCCUGACACCCAAGGCCAAGGUGGGAAUGGUCAUGUGCAUAAAACUAUGGAAGACGAACUCGGGUCUUGGACCGCUCCUGUUGGCUGGUUACGAGGACGGGUCCCUGUUGCUGUGGGACGUAACCCAGAGAGCCAAGCUGAGCCAAGUCAGAGCCCACCCUGAGCCAGUCAUGUGCCUGACCUUCGACCCCAGGCGUCUGAGGGGCAUAUCAGGCUCCUCGGAGAAGAAACUGUCCUCCUGGACGCUGGACAGUCAGAACAACAUACAGCUCCAGGGUGAUGUGACGCUGGUCAAUCCCGGAGUCUCCCAGCUGUGUAUCAGGGAGGAUGGUAGGAUCCUGGCAUCAGCAGGCUGGGACGACAGGGUGAGGAUAUUCAGCUGGAAAACGUUACGACCACUGGCGGUUCUUCAGUACCACACUGACAUGGUCCUCAGCGUAGCCUUCUCUGACCACCAGGACCCCAGACAACGACUGCUAGCUGCUGGGUCCAAGGACCAGCGCAUCAGCUUGUGGUCGAUAUAUAACGAUGGAGCAGGCAAAGGCUGAGUCUGAGAGCUCUGGGAGGAUGAAGAGACUAAUGUGGUCCACUUUAUGUCUUGCAUGCUCUGCUGAUGCGUUCAUACCACAGAGACUCUGAACUUUUCCAGUUUGGUUUAAUGCAAAUAAGUCAAGUCUUUGCAAUAUUUGUUGUAAUUAAAUGUGUAUUUUUAUAUUUUCUUACCAAACAUGAUUUAAAAGAAUUCUGCAUCAUUUAGGAAACCAAAGAGAAUAAAAACAACUUUGCUGCAUAAUUGCAAACUUGAUUCUAGGAUAAAAAGCAGGUUCUUGCUCUAAAAUUUGUUGUUUUGUGUAAAAAUUACAAAUAAAAAAAAACAAAAUAAAUAAAAAAAAACAGGACAACAACAGUUUCCUCAACUGUAAGUCCAAAUGAAAUAUUUCAGGUAAUUAAGCAGCAGUUGACUCCUUUGAGCUAUGGUUAGCUAAAGCCUGACCUGAUGCUCUGCAGCAAUGUGAUCAUGUUGACUUAUCUGAUGGAAGAUUUGCUUCAGCGGACUUGAAUUUGGGUUGUACGACGCACCUGAGCAGCGAUGUAAUCCCGUGUUGUUAUUCUAGCAGCUUUCAGGCCCUGUAGGCUGACCUGAGCUGCAUCUGUCAAACAGGGUUAAUCAUUGUGUGGACACACGCUGAUUUAGUGGAUCAUUAGUUGCUCUCCCUGGUCAGUAAUAUUUACCUUUAAACUGAUUUCCCGUCCUAGAUGAAUUAUUUUCUUUUAAAUAGCUCUGAUGCAUCGUGCUGAGAAGAGUUCAACAAUCAGAUGUCAUUUAGAACAUGUGCAAUACCAAAUAUGAAUGCAUUUGUUUUCAAAAAGGUGCUAAAAGGCUCUAGAUAGUGAGUAUAUUUGUCUCUAAAAUAUCAGAGCAAAUGAGCAGCAUGGGAGCUCAUAUGUUCCUGCAGCCUGAUGAAAGGCCAAGGGCCAGAGCUUUAAUGCCCCAUGUUCAGCCUCACUUCUCUCCUGGGAUCAUCCCCGGUGGAGAAGCUCAUCGUGAUGAACAGGAAAGGCCUGAGGAAUCAAACAGCCAGACGAGCAGAAUGCCGAGGAACCGUUAGGACACAGAGGAAAGACGAGCCCAUUAUCUAGACAGGCUGUUUUGCUGCUACUGUCUCGAGGAACAAAUGGUUCCACUUGUUGUUUUUCUUCUUUUAAAGCUUGUGUUUUGUAGUAAAAUUCUCCAAAUGUGUUGAAAAUCUUGUACAAACAAUCAACAGCGUAUUUUCUGUGUUUACCACGGUCCCUGCAGAGGUCCAUCCAUCCCUUUUGUCCGGGGUCUCCGUGGUGACAUCUUACAUUCAUGGAAGCUUCCUAACCCUCCUGUUGACUUUGAACAAACACUAGAGGUGAUGCAGGCCAGCUUCCGUCCGUUCUCUGAUAAAUCAAAUACCGAGUCCACUGGUGCAGAUGUCUUCUGAAUGGAGCAGACAGUGGCUGGCCAGCCUCGGAGCAGCCUGCUGGGGUGGCGCUGGACCUCGUAAAUCACUUCAUAAUGGAUCAUUUAGGAAGUCAAUAAACUGACGGGGAGACUCUCCGCACAAUGGGGCCUGUGCUUCACUUAUCGCCUAACGUGUGUCUUCCCUGGCCUUUGGGGUCAGAGGUCAGUUUAGUUUUAGGAUGGGACAUAAUCCAGCAGGCUGAGCAGCUCUCGCUCUCUCUCUCUCCUUAAAGCUCAUGUUGUAUUCACGGGUGUUUUACUUACUUAGUUAUGUAAAAAUCCAAAUGAAAGAAAACAUUCAUCUAUCCAACAAAUGUGUUGUUUUUGGUGAAUUUAAGGAGGGAGAGUGUGUGUGAAGUGUUUUAUUUAAACCCAGCUUGGUUUACCGGGUUUGUUGUUAACGGUCCUCUGCAGGACGCCCGGCACGAGGAGCUGGAACGAAUGCAUCAAAUCCCUGAUGGGCCUGUCACAACAGAUGAUCCACAUGAGUGCUAAGUGAUCUUCCCGGUCUCAUUACCGUCCGUCCUCUACCGUUUCUUACUAAUGUGGCAAGUCCUGGCAUCUUUUAAACCCAGAGCACCAGUCGUCUGGGUACAUUAAGUUUUAUGCAGCAGAAGUGGGCGUCGCAGUUUGGCUUUUUACAACCUGAAUCAUUGAAAUAUCUAUUUUUUUGUUUCCUGUUGAAACUUGCACCUUGUGUGUUUCAUAUAUAUCUAAAUGUGUGUGGACAUACAAACGUAUGAACAUAAGCAUUUAGUUUAGACACGUGCAAUUCAUUAUAAUUUCUCCAGCAGGCGCUGUUUCUCCAGAUUCACCACCACAGAGGGCUGCAGGUUAUCUGCCUGUAAUAGUUUGUAUUAAAUUAUUAGAACUUAUUUUUGUGUAUUCAUCAGGAUACAGACCACCUUGAAAAUGAGACGCUACAUCUUAAAGGACUUUCCAGUAAUAAAAGUGAAGAAUCCAGUAAAAAUGUUGAUACUUUUCAUCUUGGUUCUUAUGUAGAACCAUGUAAAGAUGAGGCACAUUAAGUAAAUGUGCUCAAACCGUUCAAAUGGAACAUUUACAUUUCAGUAUUUUUUACAAUUCACUGUUAAACUCAGAAAAUAUCAUGCUUUAACAUUUACUGGAUAACUUUCUUAAUUAAAUAAUUUACCCAUCUAAUUA